GCCCAAAUCAAAGAAGGCCUAGGGUUUCCCUGCCCUCAUAUAAAGAACUAAAACCCCAAAUUAGGGUUUCCUACGCUCAUUAUUAUCGUGAUUCAGUCGCCUUGUUCAUCCCUCUUCACCAGCACCUUCAUCUAACCUUCACAGCUUGCAAUCAUGGGGAAGACUCGAGGAAUGGGAGCUGCCCGCAAGCUUAAGUCCCAUCGUAGAAGGCAGCGAUGGGCAGAUAAAAGCUACAAGAAAUCCCAUCUUGGAAAUGAGUGGAAGAAACCUUUUGCCGGAUCUUCCCACGCUAAGGGCAUUGUUUUGGAAAAGAUUGGUAUUGAAGCUAAGCAGCCUAACUCUGCUAUCAGAAAGUGUGCUCGUGUGCAGCUGAUUAAGAAUGGAAAAAAGAUCGCUGCUUUUGUGCCCAAUGAUGGUUGUUUGAACUUCAUUGAGGAAAAUGACGAGGUUUUGAUUGCUGGGUUUGGUCGUAAAGGACAUGCUGUUGGAGAUAUUCCCGGAGUUCGAUUUAAGGUCGUUAAGGUUGCCGGUGUUUCUCUUCUAGCUCUCUUUAAGGAAAAGAAGGAAAAGCCUAGGUCUUAGGUGGAAGGUGUUGGCGUUUGAUUCAAUUUUGCCUAGUUUAAAUGAAAGACCCUCUAAUGGAGACUGAAUGUUCUUGUUCUUGAAAAGGGAUACACUGUCUUCUGUUGUUCUAGGAAUGUCUUUAAUAUAGAUGGUUUUCUGUAUACUAUCACUAUGAGAGUUAUUUGGUUAAUUUUUCCAUUUGAUAAUGUGCAUGCAAAUCUCUUAUCUU